AUGGAGAAAAAUGAAAUAAGAGCUGUCAUCAAGUACCUCUGCCUGAAAAAAAUGUCUACCAAAGACAUACACAGCGACUUAGAGGAAACAUUGGGGGAGUCUGCUCCUCCAUAUUCCACAGUCGCACGCUGGGCAAAGGAAUUUAAGCUGGGCAGAACCUCCACUGAAGAUAAACAUCGCGAAGGACGCCCUUCCACGUCCCUUACUGGAGAAAACGUAAAAAAAGUGGAAGAUAUCGUGUUGGCCGAUCGAAGGGUGACCGUAAGGCAUGUAGCUGAGGUCACAGGGAUCUCCUAUGGCAGCGUUCAAAAAAUCAUUGUCAACGAAAUGCAUAUGAAAAAGGUCUCUGCGCGUUGGGUGCCGAGAAUGUUAACCGACGAGCAAAAAAAGAAACGAGUCGACAUUUCGAGGGUGAAUCUUCAAAAGUUCCAGGCCGAUAAGGAAAAUUUUUUGUCGCGUUUUGUGACCAUGGACGAGACCUGGAUCCACCACUUUGAUCCCGAAACCAAACAACAAUCAGUGACUUGGAAACGAGCUUCCUCACCAACGCCGAAGAAAUUCAAAGUGUCAAGUUCAGCGGGAAAGGUUAUGGCGUCUGUUUUCUGGGAUGCAGAAGGAAUUAUUAUGGUGGAAUAUUUGGAAAAGGGGGCCACUAUAACAGGCUCUUACUACGCAGACCAAAUAAGAAGAUUGCGAGAGGCUAUUAACCCUUUCAGACCUCGCGUGCACAAUUGA